AGUUCCAUUUUAAACAACAAAAGAUCUUAAGAAACCCGACCUCCUGUCCAUCUUCUGAUCUAUGGGGCUACUUGACCAGUUGUGGGACGACACGGUUGCGGGUCCCCGACCGGAAAACGGUCUCGGCAAGCUCCGAAAGCACUCCUCUUUCCCUCUCCGGCCUAACUCCUCCAAGGAACCCGAUGGCGGGAGUAUGAGAUCGUUCAGUGAUGAAACGACGUCGGAGGAAACGACGAAAGUGACACGUACGAUCAUGAUCGUAAAAUCGCCGCGUUACCAGAGCGGAUCACCUCCGGUUUCGCCGGCCGAAUCGACUCCUCCGGAGGCAGAGAGCCAUUUCGGUUCCGGAGAAGGUCAACAACGGAUGCAUACGAGAAGGCAGGGAGCGAGGUUGGACCUCGGAGCGCUCCUCCUCCUUAUGACGUGUGAGAUGUGAGCCUCUCCGGUGAUCUUUUAUUCUACGUCAAACCGAUGUUUGCUUACCUACGACGUCUUCACAGCUUAAGCUUAUAAUGUAAUGUCAAUUAGAGUUUGCUGCUUUGUUCUGCAAUGCAAUGCAUACUUAUAAGGUUUCGACGGCGCAAAAGAGCUGUAAACUAUGUAGAGAUGGUAAUGUAAGGUUUUCUUUCUUUUCCUCUCUUCUUGUAAAUAAAUUUUCGGUGUCGGUUUUGGAAAA